CGGGACCUGGGCCGGGCCAUGCGCGAGACCGAGGCCGACGGCGCGACCUGGGCCCUGCUCCACGUCCAGGCCGCGCCACUGCGCGCCGAACUGGCCGAGAGGCUACAGCCGCUGACCCAGGCGGCCUAUGUGGGCGAGGUGCGGCGGAGACUCGAAAGGGUCCGGCGCCGCCGCCUGCGGCUGCGGGAGCGGGCCCGGGAACGCGAGGCCGAGCGGGAGGUGGAUGCCGCGCGGGCGGUGGAGCGCGAGCAGGAGAUUGACCGCUGGAGGGUCAAGUGCGUGCAGGAGGUGGAGGAGAAGAAGCGGGAGCAGGAACUGAAAGCUGCCGCUGAUGGUGUCCUAUCUGAAGUGAGGAAAAAACAAGCAGACACCAAAAGAAUGGUGGACCUUCUUCGGGCCUUGGAGAAAUUGAGGAAGCUGAGGAAAGAGGCUGCAGCGAGGAAAGGGGUCUGUCCUCCUGCCUCAGCAGAUGAGACUUUCGAGCAUCAUCUGCAGCGACUGAGAAAACUCAUUAAAAAGCGCUCUGAACUGUAUGAAGCUGAAGAGAGAGCCCUCAGAGUGAUGCUGGAAGGAGAGCAGGAGGAAGAGAGGAGAAGAGAACUGGAAAAGAAACAAAGAAGAGAAAAGGAGAAAAUUUUACUUCAGAAGCGUGAAAUCGAGUCCAAGUUAUUUGGGGACCCAGAUGAGUUCCCACUUGCUCACCUCUUGGAGCCUUUCCGACAGUAUUACCUCCAAGCUGAACACUCCCUGCCAGCGCUCAUCCAGAUAAGGCAUGACUGGGAUCAGUACCUGGUGCCAUCCGAUCAUCCCAAAGGCAACUCCGUUCCCCAAGGAUGGGUCCUUCCUCCGCUCCCCAGCAACGACAUCUGGGCAACCGCCAUUAAGCUGCAUUAGUAAAGAUGCUCCAGGAGUGUGGUCCAGCCAAGGCUGUUUCGAGCUCUGAAUGUUAGAGAUGCUGCCGUCGUCUUGUGCUGUAGACUAAAGCAGAACCUCUGAACUCUGUGUGGCUUCGCCCUACCCUGAAGUUGUCUUUCCCUUCUGUGCUCUAUCCUGGCCAGAGGUGCCUCUUGAAUCAGGAGAUUAAUACGGUUCUUCAGCAAAGGACCUAGGUGAACUGGGGUUAACUGGUAGCACAGGCAGUGGCCUUGGUUCACCAGAUUUGCCUCUGUUUUGAGGGGCUUGGUCUAGAGUGACUUGGUGAUUUACUCUGAACUUCUUUGUGUGGUGAUAGUUAAGUACUCACAUACACUCAAUCCGGGUGUGUGCUGGGUGGAUUUAGCUGUCCUCCCACAAUAGUGUUACAGGCAAGGUUGUUGCAAAAUCUCCUUACCUUCUACCCAAAGAGCCCUCGUAACUUCCAGGAAGAAAGGUCAGAAAUGCUCAUUAUCUUCAGUUUUGUCGUUCCCGCUUUUGGUGGAGCUUAGGAGGCUGCUGGGAAGGAAGAUGGUAUUUGCUGCAGGCUGGGCUGCCAGAAAAGACUGUAGCCUAGCUUCGUAGUCAUGUUGAGAACUUAGAAAACCUGAAGAGUCCCUCUGCCCACAUUUGAUCGUGUUUAAAUGGAUGAUGGCUGCAUUUCCCCCGUGUUAGAAGGAUUCUAAUGAAAGCAGCUGUUUUUUAAGUUCCUGGGGGGUCUAGCUCAGAAUCCCUAAGGAUAGAAAUUUUUUCCCUGUAGGAGCGGGACUUUAACCUCAGUUGUACUGGAGGAGCCGCUGUAGCUGUGGAAUUUUGUUAGGGACUCAGGCUUCCCAAAAGCACUCACGUAGUCAAAAACCCAUUGCCACUGAGUGGGUUCUGACUCAUAGAAACCCUGUAGGACAGAGCAGAACUGACCCUAACGGUUUCCAAGGAGGGGCUGGUGGAUUUGAACUGCUGACCUUUUGGUUAGCAGCCAGAUACUUAACCACUGCGCCACCAGGUCUCCCAUGUAGUCAAAGCUGGGGAGAAAUCGGAUAGAAAAUAAUAAAAUUUAUUUUUUUAUAUUCGUGAAUAUAUUCUGUGCCUGGAAAUGAUCAGUCAUAUAAAAUGUCCAUUUUUUGUUUUGUUUCAUUCGUAUUUUGUUUUUUAUCAUUUAUUGUAUUAUUUAUAUUUCCAAAAAGCUAAAUAAAUACCAUUUUUAUUUUUUAGUUUGAGCCUUUCCUCCUGAUUUGUUAUGUUGCCUUCAGAAUCACUAAACACAGAAUUUGUAUUGAUGAAACACAUUUUCACUUCAAAAUUCAAAUUUAUCAAAUAGGCAUUUUCUACAGGAAGAUGAAUCUUGAGAGCCAAAUUAGUCCGCAAAAUCCAACUUUGGAUAAUCAGGAAGGGCACUGACCCCUUUGCCCCUCUUCUGUUAUUUAAUUUGCAUUGUUUAAUUUAUACAUUAUGCAUUACAGAGUUAACACACAGUGUGUGAGAGCCAGUACUCCCCCUCCAAAGUGUAUGUCUAAGCUCAUAAACCUUAAAAUCCCAUGUGAUUAGCCUCACAUAACUCCACAGCUCUGUGUGCCUUUUUAUUAUAAAUCUCUCACCAUUUGCUCUGAUGAAAUGCAGGAAAAGUAGAAAUCAGAGUUGAAUGAUACGAUGUUUGUUUGGUGUCCAGGUUGCCUUGCCACUAAGAUACCUGUGUUGAUAGGGGCUCGUCAGGUAGUAAAGCAGGGACUCGGGGAAGGCUCAGCCAGCAGAACUCAAGGAAAGGAAGGCAUUUAACCCCAGGUUGAAAUAAACAGACCCUCUUUCCUCUCAUUUGGCCUCUGCAAGGUUUUAAUCAAGUGAGUGUUGUUUUUGUUUUGUAUUUGGAAAGACGUUUUCCCCCGUUUAUUGCUUGUAUGCAGCAGUAGCUGCAGGUUCUCUACAAUUUUAGAAAGAAAGAGUGUACUUCUAAGAAUAUGAACAAUGCCAUUGGAAUCUUGGCCCACAGUCUUGUCUUUUUCUUUUUUUUAAUCAUAUGGAAAAUUUCAAAUGUAUUCAAAAGUACAGAGAAUAGUAUAAUGAUUACCCACGUCCCCGUCACCCGGCUUCAAAUAAUUGUCAACUCAUGGCCAAUCUUGUGUCUUCUGCACCCUCACAACUCAUCCUGGAUUAUUCUGAAGCAAACCCCAGACAUCAUAUUACUUCAUUCAUAAAUAUUUUAUUAUUGACAACUUUAAAACUUUAAUCACCAUACCAUUAUGACAUCUAAAGAAAUUAGUCAUAUCAUCAAACUCCAUCAAUGUUCGAAUUUCCCUAUCUGAUAAAUGUGUUUUACCGUUGGUUCAAAUUAGGAUCUAAAUAUGAUCCAUACAUUGCUGUUGUUGACCUAGAUCCAUGAACUCACUAGGGCUUACAAAAUGGUGAUAGUUUUAAUUCUGUCUUCAUUCUUCAUUUAUUAGCUGGACUAUCUCUAAAAAUAGAAACUUCUCAUCAAAGAAUUGGUUACUGUGGGGUACAGUUUGUAUAGGAAAGACGAGAUAAAUACUUAAUUCUCUUUAUUUACCACUUACCGAAAUAAUGAGCUGAUUCUCUAGCAUCUUCCAAAGGUGGCCAGUAAGUUUUUAAGUAUCAUUAUGAACUCCAAUCUAAACAUAUUUAUGUUUCAAUCCAUUGUUGUUAUCUUUAUUAUUUCAUCUUUGGCCAGUGGGAGCCUCUUUACCUUGGCUCCUGAGUCCUUUUGAUACUAUCCCAGUAUUCUGUUCCCAAGCUUAUUUUGUACAUUUUCUGUCCCAGAUCUGGGACCAGUCAUUUCUCCAAUGAGCCCUGGUUCUUCUACCCUGGAAAAGAUAUUUAAAGACCACAGUCUGUGAUAGGGAUGUUCGUUGGUACUGGGUUAGUCAUUGUUUCUUGUUCUUCUGGGAACUACAGUUCUGUUGAGCCUUCAGCCCUUUUGUAAAUAAUAUCCUUUCUAUACUUAAAUUCUUUAUAUAUUGAAUAUGAAUUAAUGAAAAUAGAAGAAUAAAAGUCAAAGAACAACCAGAAAGUUAACCAGUUAUCUGCUGAUUCAUCAUUCCCUACAUGCAAGAAUAUUGUUUUAUAUUAUUUCCCAGUAGAGAAGACUUGGUUUGUGAGAAGCUCUAACAAAAGCAUUUAUUUUUAAGAAAUUAGGUAAAUACAGGGAAGAUUAGGAAGCUGUGCAAUAAAGAUGUUAAAUACUAAGGGUGUUCAACCUGAGUGGCUGAGCUUAUGACGUCAGAGGAUUUGCUGCUGUAAGCCGGCUAGCUUAGUCACUCUGAUCUAAAGCCAUUCAUGUUCCUAUGUCCAUGUGACUUUUGUGCAAGGAUAUAUCAAGAAGCUUAGCUAGAAUUACACCAUCUGUUGUAGCCUUUUACUUCUACAUGUUUUGUCCGCAGAGAAGCUAUCCUGGGAAUUACAAGGUGAGUACAAAGCAUGUCUUGUUCCAUUAAAUAAAUAUAAUGUUGUAAUAUAUAAGAGACACAUGAAUGCUAUGAAGUAUUAGUAAUGAUACAUUUUAAAGAAUAGAGAUGAUGUGAUAUUUCUAACUAAAUCAUUAUUAGUAUUUUUAAUGCUUAGAACCAAUGAACUAUUCCUGGAUGAUAAGCUGUUUACUUUUGCGUGC